AUGGAGUCCAGAUCCUGGGAAAGCUUGUCAAACGAAAGUCAAGCCUCGUCAGGGCAAACGCUGUUAAGCGACGAUCCUAAGCCUGGGACGUGGGCAGAGCCAAAGGAGGUGGAGCGCUCCGAUCUGCGACUGGUCCGCGAUGAUAUCUCUCUGGAUAUAUUUCUAGUGGCUGUUGCAGAGCUGUCCGAGAGAUUUACCUAUCGGGCGGUGACAGCGCCAAUACAGAAUUACAUUCAGAAUACACGGGACGAUCCAUUGCACCCGGGGGCCCUGGGAAUGGGCCAGACAGUAGCGACCAGUAUUAACUAUGUUUUUGUGGGGUGGUGCUACCUAUCUCCGGUUCUAAUGGGUAUCAUAGCAGAUAGCCUUCUGGGUCGCUACAAAACCAUCGUUAUGGGGACGGGGCUAUCUGCAUGCGGUGUAUUGAUCUUGUUUUCUACAUCUCUUCCAGUGAGCCUGGAGCAUGGAGCUGGUCUCCCGGGACUCAUGGCCGCGUUGGUUUUGCUCGGACUGGGGACCGGUGCUAUCAAGAGCAAUGUCGCACCACUGAUUGCGGAGCAGUAUCACUCUAUCGGGGCACGGGUGAAGAGCUUGCCAGAUGGUGAACAGGUUCUGGUAGAUCCAAACGUUACAAUUCAGGCAAUUUAUGCCCGAUAUUACUGGGUUAUCAACUUGGGUGCACUAUCGGUUAUACCGGUCUCUUGGUUAGAGCUUAAAGUAGACUUCUGGGCCGCCUUUAUGCUGCCGUUAUGCUUUUGGGCCCUGGCAAUCGUAGCGCUUCUUGCUGGUCGCACGCGUUAUAUUGUGCAACCGCCGAACGGAUCAGCUAUUACUAAGGCAAUGCGAGUCCUAUGGAUUGGCAUCAAAAGCGGAGGCAGUCUCGAGGCAGCUAGGCCUUCAUCUCUGGAAAAGACCGGUGUCUCCGUGCAAUGGGAUGAUGUGUUUGUGGAUGAACUUAAACGUGCCCUGGUGGCAUGUCGUGUAUUUUUGAUCUUCCCCUUAUAUUGGAUUUGUAACGGGCAGGCAAGUUCGAAUCUUGUCAGUCAAGGUGCCUCAAUGGAUACUCAUGGCAUACCGAAUGAUAUGAUGGGAUGUCUUAAUCCGAUCACAAUACUCAUUGCAGUACCGUUGUUUGAGCGCUUUGUUUACCCAACGUUGCAUCGCUUUCAUAUCAAGUUCAAACCCAUCAGCCGGAUCACGACAGGCUUUCUCUUGGCGUCCUGCGCGAUGGCUUUAGCCGCCGGUCUCCAGGAACUGAUCUACGAGACCUCCCCAUGCCAAAGAAACCCAACUACUGACAGUUGCAAAGGAGUACCUCCGGCUCGAAAGAUCAGCCUACUCUUGCAGAUACCCGUUUACUGUCUGAUGGGUCUAUCCGAGCUUUUGGCAAUGCUAUCCGGGAUGGAGUAUGCCUACACGAAAGCGCCAAAGUCCAUGCGUAGCAUCAUCAUGUCCCUUUUUCUUUUGGCCGGGGCUUUCGGUUCCUCCAUUGGCGUUUCCCUUUCGCCGACAUCUGUAGACCCCAAGGUUCUGAUAGAAUACGUAUCACUCAGUGCCACUAUGCUAGUGGCCGCUAUCAUCUUCUUUCUGUGCUUCCGAAAAUACAAUAGGAUGGAGGAGAGUAUGAACAAGCUGUUGGAUGCAGAUUGCCCGAGAAGGCGUUCAUGGGACACAGAUGACACACCCCGGCUGGAGAGGCAGUGA